AUGACAGAUAAACCUACUUCAGUUUUGCAAAAUGAGGUCACUUCAGCUACUAUUGAAGAAUCAUAUGAAGAGCCAAAGAAAAGCAAACUAUUAGAUGCGUUCAGGGCUAUCUUUAUUUGGUACCCAUCGAAUUAUGAUACAGAGGAGAAGAAGCUAUUGUUCAAAUUAGAUAUUUCCAUCUUGGUAUAUGCUUGUACUUCAUACUUUGCAAAAACUUUGGAUACUAAAAAUGUCACAAAUGCUUAUGUCUCUGGUAUGAAGGAAGAUUUAUUAAUGAAUGGUAAUGAAUUAAACUGGCUUGUUAUUGUUCAUCAAAUGGGAUAUGUUUUGGGUCAAAUCCCUGAGUUAUUGUUAUUAUCAAGACCUAGGUUCUCAAAAUGGGUGCUUCCAAGUUUGGAGAUUGUUUAUGGAGCUUUGACACUAUUGCAGAGUACAGUGAAAACAACAAAUCAUUUAUACGCAAUCAGAUUCUUUGUUGGUCUCGCUGAAGCUCCAACAUAUGCAGGAGUGAUGUAUGUCCUUGGUAAAUUCUACUCAAGCAAGUCUUUUAGAGGGAACCCUCCAGAACUUUAUGUCCGUACAGCUACUUUCUUCUUUGGUUUGAAUGGUGGUAAUUUGGUUUCAGGACAUUUACAAGCAGCUGCUCAUAAACAUUUGAGCGGCGUCCAUGGGCACACAGGCUGGCAAUGGUUAUUUUUGAUAGAUGGUAUUAUCACCCUUGGAUUAAGUGUUGUUGGAUUUUUCCUCUGGACAGGAAUCCCUGAGGCCGGUAAACCUAUAUUACUUACUGAUAAGGAGUAUGAUUUGGUAUUCAAGAGGUUGAAAAGAUUUGACAUCAAUGAAGCCAAACCUUUAACUGUUGAUACCUUCAAAAGGGCUUUGAGUGAUUGGAAAUGGUAUCUGUUCUGCUUAAACUAUACCAUCAUGGUGAUUGUCUGGUAUCCUAUAGGAUAUUUCUCGUUGUGGCUAAAGGCUAAAGGAAACUAUUCAGUCUCACAGAUCAAUAGGUACCCUACUGGUUGUGAUGCUAUUGGAUUGGUAGUUUCGUUUAUUGGUACAACAGUGGCAGGUGUAUAUCCACCGUGGAUUAUCUACACAAUUGGUGCACUGGGUCCAUUCGUCGGGUCCAUCAUAUUGAGUGUUUAUCAUGUUCCAGAUCCUGCUAUUUUUGCUGCAUUCUAUAUCAGUUAUCUCAUCAAUAUCACCUCCCCAAUCUUAUACUCUCAAGUUAACCUUAUUUUAAGAAAAGAUUCAGAACUGAAGGCUUUAGUAUUUGGCUCAAUGAUGACAUUUGCACAAUUUGUUUAUGUCUGGCUUGCGUUUGCUCUUUAUCCAACAACUGCUAAAAAUCCAGCUAGGGCUGCUCCUCAGUGGAAUAUUGGAUGGCCGGUCACUGCAGCUUUAUCUGCAUUGAUGAUAGUAACAUUUGUGCUGAUCAUAUUGUUGCACAAGAGGGAAGUUAGAAAUGGAACCGCAUUCAAAAACCCAGAUAAUUCGGACACAUCAAGCGAGAUUGAUGCUGAUGCUACACAGUCAAUCACUUCAAAGAAUGCCACCAAAGAUGUGGUGAAGCUAAUAACAUAA